AUGCCGCGUAAUCUCUCUGCUGAUGAAAGAGAAAGAAUCAUCGUUUUGCAUCAGGAAGGGCUCAACAUAUCGCAAAUUGCGGAUGCACUUAAUGUGACGAGAGGUACAGCCAGCCGGUGGGUAGCGCGCUACAAGAGCGAGGGCUCGCUUCGGGACCGCGAGCGAGACAGACCGAUGCGUGUCGUCAAGAAAUCCGAUAUAAAUCGGAUGGUACAGUUACGCGGAAUAUCCCUUCGCGCCGACCAGAUUGUUUGCGGAAAAAUUCAACUGUUCCAUAAAAACAAUACGCAGAUAUUUGAAUAUGAACGGUUUCGAAAA